AUUUUUGAAUACUUAUUUAUAAAAGCGCCAAGCAAUCUUAUUGUAUUAUGAAAAACAUAACCUCAAAUCAAUCAAGAUACAUUUAUCUUAUUUCGUAAUAUUCAAAAACGAAAUUGCCGAACUUUACUUAACAUAAUAAAUAGCGUAAGGACAGCACGCAAAAUGACUAUGGCGAAGAUUGAAUUUGCAGUAGACAUGACUUGUCAAAAAUGCACUGAUUCUGUGCGGAACGUUUUAACUGGUGUAAAUGGAAUUAAAAAUAUCGAUAUAUCGUUAGAAAAAGGAAUUGUCAUAGUUGAAACAAAUUUGCCAUAUUCGAUAAUUCAAGAAAAAAUUGAACAGUCUGGAAAGAAAGCUGUUUUAAAGGGAUAUGGAGAUAAUUCUAGUGCAGUUGCAAUAUUAGGAGGAAAUUCAGGAUAUACUGUAGAUAAUAGAAUAAUGGGUGUAAUAAGAUUUGCAGAAACUCCUGAUGGAUGUCUUAUAGAUGGAACAGUUGAUGGCUUAACACCUGGUGAACAUGGCAUACAUAUUCACGAAUGUGGUGACAUUUCUCAAGGUUGUGAUAGCGUUGGAAAACAUUUCAAUCCGAAUAACACAUUACAUGGUGGACCUGAAGAUGAUAUAUCUAGACGGCAUGUUGGAGAUUUGGGAAAUAUAGUUGUCAAUAAUUCUGGUAGAGCUACUUUCAGAAUGAUAGAUAAACUUGUAAAAAUUCCUGAUGUUAUUGGAAGAUCUUUAAUUAUAACAGAAAAAUCAGAUGAUUUGGGAAGAGGUAUCAAUCCAGAAUCUAAAAUAAAUGGCAAUAGUGGAAAUAGAUUGGCCUGUGGUAUUAUUGCUCGUUCAUCUGUUUUAUUUCAAAAUACAAAAAGAAUCUGUGCUUGCGAUGGACUUACAUUAUGGGAUGAAAGAGAUAAAGCACUUAAAAAUAAAAAUGAUUAUUCUGGAGCAAAUAAUAAUUCAAAAUUAUGAAUAACAUACAAAGAGCUUACAAACUCUUUAGUUUUUACAAACCAUUCCAGUAAAGCGUUUAUAUAUGUAAUAAAUAAAGCAUAAAUUGUGUUAUACUUUCUGUAAUAUAUAAAAUUUACAUUGGGUUUUAAUGUAAAUAUUUUCCAUAAAAUAAAUGACUAUAUUUUGAAUG